CAGGAAAUGUACCGAGAGGGAAGGAUUUAGGUGCUGCUCUGUGCGUUUUCCGCAGCGGAAGCUUGGAAGGCGGAAAACAUGGCUGCCUUGGCGAUGGCAGCCAAGGACUCAGGGCGAGUUUUCUGCCUCUUCGCUGGCGCAAGGAAGGGCGCUGUUUCCUCUGGUGCAGGUAAGAGACGGAAGGUCCCAGGGAGGGAGUUUGCUUCUUUCGCUAAGGCGUAGCCUGCCUCAGGGCCGGAUUUAGGUUUGAUGAGGCCCUCAGCUGCUGAAGGUAAUGGGCCCCUUUAUAUGGUCAGCUGUCCUUUGUCAACAACAAAUUGUCACUGUUUUUUGUGUUGAAUAUAUGUUAUAUGGUAAUUUAUGGACCUAAUAAGUAUCUAAAACCAUUUGGACAUGUUGCCUUGCAACCAGUCCAUGCAGAAUGUAAGGUAAAGGUAAAGGGACCCCUGACCAUUAGGUCCAGUCAUGGCCGACUCUGGGGUUGCGGUGCUCAUCUCGCAUUAUUGGCCGAGGGAGCCGGCGUACAGCAUCUGGGUCAUGUGGCCAGCUUCUGGCGAACCAGAGCAGCGCACGGAAAUGCCGUUUACCUUCCCGCUGGAGCGGUACCUAUUUAUCUACUUGCACUUUGAUGUGCUUUCGAACUGCUAGGUUGGCAGGCGCAGGGACCGAGCAACAGGAGCUCACCCCGUCUUGGGGAUUCAAACCGCCGACCUUCUGAUCGGCAAGUCCCCUAGGCUCUGUGGUUUAACCCACAGCGCCACCCACGUCCCUAUGCAGAAUGUAGGCACCCUAUAUAUAGAAGUGAGCAAACCAGUGAUAUUUUAGGGAGCAGGCUAGCAGGCAGGGCCCAUUAAUUACAUCAUUGGAGCCUACACAACAUAAAACACUGUUGCUGUAUGUAGGUUUUAUUUUAUUUGUUUUUUAACUUAUAUUUUGGAAAUGUACAUCCAGUUUUUUUUUCCUUUAAAAUUUUUGGGGCCCCAAGAAAGUGGGGCCCUAAGCUAUAGCUUGUUUAGCCAUCCAGCACUGGCCUGCCUUGUGCAGGCUGGGGGAACGGAUAAUAGGAACACCUAAGAGCUUUAAGCUUGAAUAAACAAAAGAAAUGGGCACCGUUUUUCUAUGCAUUGCAACGUAGUAACAUGCAGCACAAAACCUAUGUACGUUUAUUACUAGGAAGUAAGUCGUCAAUAAGUGGGCACACUUUUGAAGUGUUAAAAUAACUGCUUCAUAUUUCUUCAGAAGGGACGCGGGUGGCGCUGUGGGUUAAACCACAGAGCCUAGGACUUGCAGAUCAGAAGGUCGGCGGUUCAAAUCUCCGCGACGGGGUGAGCUCCCGUUGCUAAGUCCCAGCUCCUGCCAACCUAGCAGUUUGAAAGCACGUCAAAGUGCAAGUAGAUAAAUAGGUACCACUCUGGUGGGAAGGUAAACGGUGUUUCCGUGCGCUGCUCUGGUUCACCAGAAGCGGCUUAGUCAUGCUGGCCACAUGACCCGAAAGCUGUACGCCGGCUCCCUCGGCCAGUAAAGCGAGAUGAGCGCCGCAACCCCAGAGUCAGCCACGACUGGACCUAAUGGUCAGGGGUCCCUUUACCUUUUUUAUUUCUUCAGAAUAGCAUGGGUGUAAGUAGCUCGAGCUAGGCUUAAAUCCCUUAUGCUCUACAGAUAUAUUUAGGAAGAGCAGCUCCUCAAGCAAACCCUGAACCACAUUAUAUAUUAACUCUAUAAUUCUGUUCAUUACGGCACUAUUUGUAGAUGUCCAAGGGUCUACAUAACCCCAUUGUGAAGCCAGAUGUCUAGACUUACAUAUGCAUUCAUUGGCUCAAGGGCUGAAGCGGCUCAGCUUUUUCAUAAUGCUCAUCAGUGUUGUAUUUCAGAGUUCUGAACCUAGUGGAACUGAGGCUGAUUUCACUAGAAUCUGCACUUUGGAUUUGGCUUGGUCUGGAAUAUUUCCCUUGUGCGUGUUGGACCUUACAAAAGCCUUUAGAGAGAGCUUGUGUCACAAUAAUUUGUUGAUGACAUUGACUUGUGCUGAUCCCUAGUAGAUACCAUCCACACAGGUUGUGGCCUAUGCACUGCAUGCUCGGCUCUUUCCAUCUUUUUUUUUUAACUUGGUGUGCAUUCUUACCCACCCAUUUUAGCAGUGAAUGCAAUUAAUUAGAAAAUCUACUCUGAGGGAUUUCCCCCGUUUGAUCAUCUUUGCAUCCAACUGUGUGUCGUGGAAUGCCAAAGCUGGUGAUUGGGAGCUUUCCUUAGCCUGUGUGCACUCUUUCUGAAGUAGUUGAAAUCAAUAGUAUAGUACUGCUUGCUGAAUUCAAUAGGAACACUACAUUGCACCUCCUCCAGCCCACUUGGCUUCUGUGCUUGCUGUGGAGGAAGGGAAUUUGCUUCCUCUUGAGGCUAGCAUGAAACUAAGGGGGCUGAAAGAGGAGAGUGAUCUGUUCCUCCUCUACCAGCCUGCUCAUUCCUCUGCAUGGAUUUCCAUACAGCUGCCUGCAUGGGACUCUUUCUCAUGUGUGGUCACUAUGUUAAAUAUAAACACAAAACCUGUGCUAACAUCAGGGGUGGGGUGGGGAACCAUUGCUGGUAUAUUAAUGCAUAUCUGUUGGGUUAUGAUAAAUCUCCACAAAAGUAUUAAAAAGGGGAGAUGGGCUUUGGGUACUUUAACAUUAAUUCUUUGCUAGCUUUAAAUUUCUUGUGAAUACUUAAAAACAUGUUGUGAGUGUGCUUUGUUACAUAUGUCUUUUCCAGUUGCAUCAUGGAGACGGGAGUGUAGUUCAUAUAGUGAACAGUUGUCCAGUAAUGCAGAUAUGGUAAGAAAUGUGUGUUACAAUUAACAUUCUAAUCAGCCUACAUAUUUUUGAAAGUUUUCAAACUCAAAACAUAGGAUGGUAGUGGUUUGCACAGGUUGUACAAUGACAAUAAAGGUAUUAUUAUUAUUAAAGAAAAUGUGUUGCAACUGCACUUUUUGCUGUGAAACUGCACAGGAGUCAGUAUAAAAUAUAUAAGAGCGUAAUCAGGUAUUUCUACUUUAUUUAAGGCUCAUUAUCAACUGUAGACUGUAAACAUAGAAGACACCUUGUUGGAAGAUAGCCGAAGUAAAAAUGAGUGUUUCAAAAUUACAGUGUUUACAACAAUCUUAAUUUAUUUACUCUGAAAACUGUGACGCAUAAAAUACAGAACUUGUUUGGCAAAUAAUUAAAAGAAACUUUGUGUCAAGUUGGAAAGUGGUGCCAAAAUUACCAAGGAAGAAUGGCUAAGGCUGUCAGUGGUAGCUAACCACAACAGCUAUGCCUCUGAAUGCUUGUCUCUGGGAUUGACAGGUGGGGAGACUGCUGUCUUGCUCAGGUUCUGCAAGUGGCUUAGGCAUCAGGUUGACAACAGGCUGCUGGCCUAGAAGGUCUCUUGGUCUGAUCCAGCAAGGUCCUUAUGAAUCUCCCCAGGUGAUCUUAGGCCAAUCACUGCCUCUUAGCCUAUUUUAUUUAUUCAUUUAUUUCAUAAAAAAUUAUAUACUGCUUAAUUGUAGAAAAAACCCCUCAAAGUGUUUUACAAAAAGGAAAAAACAAUAAAAAACUACAACCAUAAUUAAAAACAUACAGAAGGUUAAAACCACAAUAUAAUAGAUUAAAACAAAUCAAAACUCACGCAAACUUUCUAAACAUCUGGGUAGGCUUGUCCAAAAAUGAAUGUCUUCAGUAGGCACCAAAAAAGAAUACGGUGAAGGUGCCUGCCUGAUAUUAAAUGUUUGACCACAGCCUGGUAUAAAUUACACUAGCCAAUGCAUGUAAAACAAAGUGCCAGAAAUAUGGUUAAAAUUUCUACCCCGCCUUUCCUGUACUAGGAUGGUACACAAGGGAUUGAGAUGUAGCAACAUUUUAUGGGCUGAGUACAUAUAUACGAGGGGAGACAAUCAAGAAGAUUGAUCAAUGACGGAUUCUGUUCUUACAUUUAAAGUUUAAUAUAAGAACUAUGUGGCAAUUUUAAGAUAAGUUAAAAAACUGCCCAGAAGCAGCCUUUUGCUUUUUUUAGACUAUUCUAUAAAACAGUUCUAACUAGAAGCCCCAUUUGGUGGGUCAACCAAAUAGACAGGUACCAUAUAUCUAUGCUAGAGUCCAACCUAGGGCUGAUUUUUGUGUAACAUUUGCAAGGCACUUGCCCUGUAUGAUAGUAUCAUGUCUGCUUCAGCACUUAAGCCAGCAGUUCUCAACCUGUGGGUCCCCAGAUGUUGUUGGACUACAGCUCCCAUCAUCCCUGAGCUCUGUCCUUUCUAGCUAGGGGUGAUGGGAGUUGUAGUUCAACAUCUGGGGACCCACAGGCUGAGAAAGGCUGACUUAAGCAGUCAGUACUAAAAGAAAGUAGAAAGACACUUCUGCUAAAACUAUUUCUGUUUCAGCCUGUGCCAAUGGACAAUCCCUAUAAGGAACCCCCUAAAAAGUGUGUCUUGUGUGGGGUAGCUGUUGACUACAAAAAUGUACAGGUAAAUUCCUCUGUAUUUGUUGUGUUUGUUGUCAAGGUGUACUAAAGAAGGCUGAGCAAAAUCCGGCCUAUGCUUAUCAGAGGAGAUCAUACUAGUUCACUUGUAUACACUCCUACGUGUUACAAGAAUACUGCUUCAGGGCGGUACUUUUGCAACAUUUCUGUUCCUUUCAUGUAGCUCUGUUCACCUAGGAGUGAAUGCCACUGGCACUAAAUAUGUAAAAUUAAAAUUCACUCUUUUAGAAUACACUCAGGAAUACGUGCAAGGAAAAUAUAACAAGAUCAGUUGCAUGUUGGAAAUCCAAAGUAUGCCUUGGACAUAUGCCAAAUCCCCAUGGUUAUUUGACUUAAGGUGCGGAGGCAGGAUAAUUGCAGGAAUGCAGAAUACUGUGCUUGCCCAGCACAUGCGGUUGAUAGGGUGUCACCUUGCAAGUACAAUAAUUCUACACCUAAUAACCAAGAGUAGGAGGUGUAAAGCCAAGUCAAGCAAGCAUAGAAACAGGAUUGCAUUUGGAAUAAAGUAUAUAACAUUGCUGCAUCUCUUAACCAUGGCUAUAUCAGGAUUAUCUUGUGGGCUCAUGUGCUUCUUCUCUUGCAUACAAAAUAGUUUCUAUACCUGUGGUACAGUGUUAAGUUUCACCCACUCUUAAGUGCACGGGGCCUCUACUUUGGUUUAUCCUACCAAUCCUCUGGUCUUCCUUUGGAUUUCCACUUUGCAGACUGACUGGCCAUACAAAACAGAAACUACAUUUUAAAUUGUUUUCUGCUUGUGAAAUUUCAGUACUUAAUUUUCUUUAAAUAUGGCAUGAUUGGUAUGUUUAAGUGAACUGUGGAGAUUUGCUACAAAUAUGUAAAAAAAAAGAAGAAAUCAAAAUGUUGCUUAAUAUUUGUUAAUUUUUUCCUCCUUCAACAGCUUUUAUCACAGUUUAUUUCACCAUACUCUGGUCACAUUUUUGGAAGGCAUAUAACAGGUAUGUGAGAGAUUUAGCAGUAUUAUAUUGAAGGUAAAUGCUUUUCACUAAUUAAUUUUAAGGCUAUUUAAAUAGCCAGCCACCUUUGACCUGUGCAUCAUUCUGAAUUAUAUUGAAUUUGGUUUCUAAAACUUAAAUCGAGACCAGUCUUGAGUGCUUAUAUUUUUAAAAGCCCCUUAUAGGUUUAAUCUGCAUUGAUAAAGGAAUUGAUCUUUUGAUGUUUUCAAAUGAAGUGGCUUUUUAGGAUUUUUUGAUUUUACAGGCUUAUGUAUGAAGAAGCAGCAAGAGGUUGCAAAAAAUAUUAAAAGAGCCCGACAACUGGGUGAGCAUCUUUUUAAAAUAUGGAGGUACUUAGAUGUUUUGCAAAUUGCUUUGUUUCUAAAGCUUCUGAAUUUAUUAUGUUGCAGGAUUUAUGUCGGUUACAUAUAAGGACCCAACAUUCCUCAGCGACCCUAAAGUAUGCAGUAUCAAAUAUCCAGAAUGAAUUAUGUUAAGUGUACUUAAUAAAACUGAUUUUGUAACUGAUUUGUAGUCAUUCCUGGUACAUCCUUAAUAAGCAAACCACUAGCACGUCAGAUACGAUCCUGUUAAUUCUGCUGUAUACAGAGUACAAAGGAUUGCCAUGUGAAUGGCAGAAUGCUUCUCCUCUGUGCUAAUAAUCAUGUCAUUCUUCAAAUGGCUAUCAUUUUGUAUGCAAGAUGGAAAACAUGCUGUCAUAAAAUGAAGUAAAAACUUUAUAAAGAAGAAAACACAUGCUGUCAUGCCUAACAAUAAAGAUACCUACUUGGAAGCAAGUAUCUAUGUCUAAUGGCGCUUACUCCUAGGUAGGUGUAGGCUUGGCGCAUCUGUGUGCUAUAUUACUAUGUACUAUAUUGCUCCGUGUGGAAAAUGGAGUAGUGGAACACAAUCAAAGGCAGUAUCAUGAAUGAAAUAUUUGUACUAAGGUCUUGCCCAUUUCUCUCUAGGCUGACAUGAAACCAUGUUUAGCCUUCAAUUCAGCCGCUUUGCUUUCAAGCACAGUAUGUUACUUAAUCGGUUAUAACCAUUUUGUAUCCUACUGCUGACAGAAGACUCUGAUCCAGUGGUGGUGGUGAUUUCCCCCUGCUUUCCUCUGCAGACCUGUGCACCACCCCCUUCUGCUCCAGAGGGUUGGUGGACCCUUUGGAAUUACCGUAUUUUUUGCUCUGUAAGACUCACUUUUUCCCUCCUAAAAAGGAAGGGGAAAUGUGUGUGCGUCUUAUGGAGCGAAUGCAGGCUGCGCAGCUAUCCCAGAA